AUGCCAAACCGACAUCUCUCACACAAACAUUCGUACACUUUGUCGUCCCAGUACACGCGUCGCAGUCGAAAACUUAUGUCCAUCACGAAGCAGGGUGAAUCCAUUACAAUAUCGUAUAUCCUCUCUGCCCUAGUAGUCGCGACUGCUACGUCUCCGGCUCUCGUGUCGGCUGCUGUGCCUGUGAGAACUGCUGUGUCUCCUCCUCCGCCUCCUCUCAGGUUCAUGCUCCUCGAUAACGACAACCUCCUCCUCCUCAUCUGUCACGAUCCUGGGAGGCGGCGGUCCCCGGCUCGUUCUACGCUCCACCAUCGGCGGAUCCGCGUCAACAAUGAUCGGUCCGCCCCUAAGGACGAGGAGGAACCCGACGACGGCGCCGAGCGUGACGCCAACCACGGCGCCGGGGCUGAGCGGUGA